AAUAGACAUAAUAAAAAUAUCGAUAAGCGAAUUGAGUUUCCGGGGUUUAUUAUAUUUUAAAGAAUUUAAUUCUCAUUUUUGGGUGAGACCUGAAACUCCAUUCGACAUAUUGCAUAAUACAAAUACAUCCACUAGAAAACGUCGCCGUAACCGUACCCCACCACCAACUUAUGAAGUGUCAUCAAUUCUAAGUACGAGUCGCCGUGAAUCCACCACUAAUCAAAGGAAUCGAUCCGCAUCACCCAUACGAUGGGCUACUAGUGGAAGGAAUGAGGAUAUCAGUGAUAUAGUCACCACCGGUAAUAAUCGAGAUAAUGGAAACAAUGGAAACAAUGUAAAUAAUGUGAGUGGGGAUUGUCGUAACGCGAAUGAUGUAGGUGGAAAUUUAGAUAAUGCAACAUACUCAUCUUCAUCUGAGUUAGCAAAUAUGAUCUCAAAACUUAAUACAUCUACAUCAUGUAGUGACAGUGAUCUUAGUAUGCCUGACGUUGGAGAUAGUCAGCCACCUCAAGUGGAACCUAUAAAUGAAGAGGGGGGUUAG